UCUUUUUCGAAGAAAUCCUUUCUUUCAGAACGAGCUUUCGAUUCACGACUCGCUUUCUUCUUUCUCCUCUUCGACGCGAAGUUGCCGCAAUUUAGAACAGGUAUUUCGGCCCCGUAACCUCGUUGCGCGAUCCGUGGUCAAAAUUCUUUGUGGAAAAAAAGAAAAGUAAUAAAUGGCUUUUUGUUAAAAGUCGGGAAAUUGAAAUGGUGUGUGGAUGCAAAUGUUAAAUUGCUCGCGGUAGAUUAAAUCGUUGGGAAAAGGGGGGAUAAAUUCUCGUGUUACACCAUGUCCCUGGCGGAAACGUUUAUAGAGGAAGACGGUUUCGGCUUCAUUCCUAGGCCUGCCCGCAAUAAACACAACCAACCGUACGAAAUUGUUCGAAGGUACACAAUGACGAACAAGCACAAAGCGUCGGUGCAAUUGAUAUCUUGGGGCGCUACCAUCCAAGCCAUCAAGAUACCAAAUCAAUCGGGCAUUUUGGGCGACGUUGUUCUAGGAUUCGACGACCUGGAGGGAUAUUUGAAGAACAGGUACAUAGGGAGCACGAUUGGCCGAGUCGUGAAUAAAAUUUCUAUGGGCAAAGUGAAGAUUGACAACAAGGAUUAUUCUUUGACCAUCAACGACAAAAAUAGCACGAGCCAUUACAACGGGGGUUUCGUCGCGUUCGAUAACGUUAAUUGGAAUUCUUACAUAUUCAAGAAGCACGUGGUGAUGACCCAUACGAGUUCAAAAAACAGCGAGGGAUAUCCGGGCGAUCUGCUUACGCAGAUUAAAUAUUCCUGGACGGAUGAUAAUCAGUUAAUCAUAAAUAUCCGCGCUUGCGCUACAGAACCGACACCUGUUAACAUUACUAAUAAUUGUUUGAUGAAUCUUGCUGGACAUGCUACCGGUCCGAAGGAAUUGAAAAAACACGUAAUCUCGUUGAACGCUGGUAGCUGGACCUUCACGAAUAUUAUAAAUGAUUUGCCGACAGGUGCUAUAUAUCCGGUUGAUCGUACGGUAUUCGACCUACGCUUACCGACUCAGUUAACCAAGAGAAGACUUUACAUCAUACCGGGGGGUGGUUACAACCAGAACCUUUGCAUAACCAACUUCAACAGUUGGUUUUAUCGUUUCCACGCUAGAAUUAUUCAUCCCGGGUCUGGAAGAACUUUAGAGUUAUAUUCGAAUCACCCGGGGUUACGGUUCUCCACAGGAAACGAUUUGCCGGACUUCGGUCACAAAUAUCCGCCCGACUUUGAAGAAUACUGCGAUUGCAUGGAUCCAUUCCAGGUGCCGAAAGUGGUUGAGAAGGAAGUUUGGGGCAAGGAUGGCGUACGGUAUCAAAGGCACGGUGGAUUCAUUUUGUCGCCCCAAAAUUAUCCCGAUUCGAUCAAUAUUAAGAAUUUUCCAUCUUGCGUACUUUAUCCCGGCCAAAUUUACACACACGAUCUGACGUACAAAUUUGGCCUGUUAACGAAAAAUUAAAUAAAUUUCGAUUGAAGAGAGAUAGGAUUAAUUAUUAAUUGAUAAAAGGGUGCAGAUUUAUAAUACAUAUAUUUGUGAACCAUUGUGUCGGGUGAAGUAAUGUUCGUAAUCCACACCGAUUGUACAAAAUUAUCCGUCAUAGUCUCUAUUCACAUAUAUGCCGUAAGAACGAUCGCAAUAGUCGCUUAAUUAAGGGCUAUUAAUUAAAUUGUACAAAUGUUGUUUUUUCGGAUCGAUCAACGUUAGUAUUCUUAUAUAAUUCUCUUUUCGUUUCAUCAUCCUGAAAGGCACAUCGUGGAACGAGGUUGAUACGGGAGAAGAUAUGGAUAUUUGUGCAGAUUUGAAAGAAAUAUCAAAUUUUUAUUUGAUUAUAUUCCUCGUUUAAGUCUCGAUAAACGUACGAUCCAUAAUAUCUCCACGCAUCUAUUCGUACCUAUUUCGUUUUGUCUGCUAGUAGACUAUAAACGUAUGAUAAAUAUAUAUAUAUAUAUAUA